UCAAGGGUUACAUUGUUUACCUAAAGUUUUCGAGGAACUGCAGUUUGACAUUAGUUGUCGUUCUUCUGAUUAUUCCGUCCGUCUGUCUUUUCUUUUGUGUCCUUUACACUACAAUCACUGUUAUAUAAAGAUGCUUCAUUAGCCGCUCUUACAUAAGCAGCAGGCACAUUCCUCACAGCGCUGCUACCUUCCACUGUCACCGUGUGCCAGAUAAAUGAGGCCCCUGUUCAUUCCACUGGGUUAUCUGCUGGUCACACGUCGUCCAGAGUUUGAUAUCAGUCUCUAAAUGUAGACAUCAAGGCUGCCUGUGGUGUGACCUGUGGUCAGUGAUUUACUUUAGAAGAAUGAGUCUGUUACACUGGUCACACAGUCGCCACUGUUCUCCCCCACAUUAAAGAUUAAAAGUUCAUUUAUAUUUGGAAUGACUGAGACUGAGGUGAAUAUUUGACUGCCAGACUCUGAUGGACUGGAUUUCUCCAUGAACAAACAUGGUGUAGUGUAAACAGCCCAGAUCUUUCCAUUGUGUGUUUGUGUAUGUUUGUGUGUGUGUGUGGCCCUGCAGUGUGGCAGAUGAAGCUACAGUAACAGCUCAGUGCCCACUGUAGCUGGUGCUGCAGCUCUGACUGUGAGGGAGAAAGGGCUGGGCGUCUGGUGAAGCCUCGCCCAAACAUGUAAAGUAAGACAGACGUGGUUUCUCACGCAAACACUUAGUCACUCUGGUACAGACGGUCUGGAUCUCAGCUGCAUCAACACCAGCCUCUUCUGCGCAGCUCCAGUGCAGGCAGCGUAGAGUCACUCUGGCAGCAUCAGGAUUUAGACCUCAGAGGAUAAACAACAAGAAGGAGAGCAGCAUAGCAGCCACGCUGACACAAAAACCAGAAGAGCAGGAAGAAACGGCUGACACCAUCAGGCCGACGCUGGAAAAGAGUCAUUAAGGUUUACCUCAAACCCUGUCCAGAGAGAACACAGUGUCAGGAUGCUGACGGACGAGGUCCCACAGAUCCAGGAGGUCAGGUACUGUCUGAAGACUCUGAGAGAGCAGAUGGCAGCCAGACAGAAUAGUAACAACAAGUAUCCAGCCAAUGGCUUCAGAGUCAACAUAACCAGCAACCAACCAGCUUCCUCCAAUGGCAACUCUGUUUUCUCUGAGUCAAACGCUGAUGUUGCGGAUAAUCGAGAGGAGACGGUUAAGCUGAGGGAGCUGACCAAGCGUCUGUACGCUCAGCUGAAGGAGAUGGAGAAGAGGCACCAGGAGGAGAGAGAGAGGCUGCAGAAGGAAAACGACGAGUAUCACACUCGUCUGGUGGAGCAGUCGGAGCGGCUGCAGCGAGCAGAGGAUCAGUCGGAGGAGAAGUGUCUGCAGGUGGAGGAGCUGCAAAGGCUGCUGGGUGGCAUGGAGCUCGAGAGCAGUGUCCUCAGAGACAAGAUGGCCGAAGGAGAAGCAGAGCUGCUGCAGCUGAGGGCAAACAGGGAGGGAGGAGAGGAGAAAGAACAAAGGUGUGAGAAGUUGGAGAAGGAGGUGGCCUCCCUGAAGGAGAAGAUCCAUCACCUUGACGACAUGUUAAAGAGCCAGCAGAGGAAAGUCCGCCACAUGAUCGAACAGCUGCAGAAUUCCAGGACCGUCAUCCAGGAGAGGGAUCGUGUCAUUGGAGACCUGGAGGAGAAGGUGGCCUUUCUGGAAGCAGAGAACAAGGAGAUGCACGACCACAUGGAAUACUUCCUGUCUGGGCAGAAUCCUCCACCUGUGACAUCCACUGGGAACAAGCCAGAGAUCGUUUACAGUAAACAACUCAUGCCAACAUCACCAACCAACAAGGCCCUGCCAUUUAUCAAGGUCAUCGAGAUCAAGUCCUGAAUGUGGUGCCAACCGUUGAAUUGAUCAAUAAUGAAAAGAUGUAAAUAUACAUAUAUAUAUAUAAUCCCCUUUCUCUCUGUAAAAAUGUGCAGGUAUUUAAGUGGGCUUGUGUUAAUAAGACUCAUUAUUUUGCCAACAGUUUAUAUUCAGUGUCAAACAGGAUCUAAUCAGGUGAAGGAACAGAGACGUCAAAUCAGGAGGCGGAGAAAAUUACUGAUAAAACCAUGACACUCAUUUACUCCACAUUAAUAUAGAGUAUGUUGUUGUUCUUAUCUCAUAGUCACAGGUUCCCACAUCCCAUAAUGGCUCUGUAAUCUACAGGUGGUUCUAACAGCACAGCAUGAACGGGUCAGCACUGGAGUUAGGAGUUAUUAUUGUUAAAGUCUCUGGUCCACGUGCAUGUUCUGUACAGCUCCUUUGACCACAGUGUUCAGGGUUGAGGGUCAAAUUCCUAGUGGCUUUGCAACAUGUUGCCAAUGAGCAGACGAGCCGUUUUCUGUGAUUUACAGCAGUGGGUUUUAGUCCUGAGUUUCUCUGUGGGUUUUAUGUUUUACCGAGAAGUUACGACAGUGAAUUGAACAAAUGGAUUUUGGUUGCUCUUGUGAAAUUCAUGAAAAUGUAUAUAGAAAAUGUGUAAAUAUAAUUGAAAUGCAGCCUCAACCCAUAACAGAGCCUGCAGCCAUGUUCUGACUGAAAUCCAUGUAUAUUUAAACAUUUCUUAUACAAGUUUGGCUAACAGUAAAUGGAUAGAUCCAAUUUCCAUAUGAACAUCAAACUGCUUAACUAUUUCAUCUCUGUAGAACUGGCUAUGAUUUAGGAAUUUUUAUUAAUUGAGGUAAGUGUAUGGCUUGAGGUUCAGUAGACUCUGCCAACAGACAUUACACUACAGGAUUAGGUCAUAGUGAGGGACAAACAAAUGAUUAAAGAUCAACUUUGUGACUGGGGAACUAUUCCUGAAGACGCUGUUACAUUUUUCAUUGGAUGCAUUUGAAUUGACUUUUAUUUACCUAAAAAACGUAUUAAAACAAAGGUGUGUGUAGAAUCGUGGUUAGAUUAUUUUAAUAUGUAUCUUUGUUGUCUGUGCAGUUUCUAACACCAAAAAUAUUAUUUGUUAACUGACGCCUUGACAGUUGAUAUGGAUGCUGUUGAUUUUUUACCCUCUUCAGUAGAGAAUGACAUUUCUGUAAAUCAACUCACUCUUACACUGUGAACCUUGUGGAAAAGCAAACCUGUAGUUCAGACCGUAUGUUUUGUAGAUGUAGUUGUUGUCAAUGUUUAUUUAAAUAAAUAAGACGUCUGGUUUAUCCGGUUCUGUCUGAGCUGAUAUAGUGCCGCCACCUAGUGGGUAUAUUGAGAACACUAUGGAGUGUGGUGGUAGAAUUAUUUUUUAUUCACAAAUCACAAACUGCACAGCUUCACAUAAAUAUAAAAAUCAAAAAGUAUCAAUAAAAUAAAUUAGAAUUGUUCAUACAAAUAUCUUACAUAUCUACAAACACAGAUCAAAACAAAAGACGAGGAUAUGUAUUUACAAUUGAAAAAAGGAAGAGA